UCGACUUUGGUGCUGCUCAUGGAGACGCCGCCGAGAGGAAGGAAGCCGCCGACGCCCGCCGCGGCCAAGCAGCUGCACGCGCGGCUCAAGCGCCAGAUGGAGAACGAGAUGGACGUGGAGGGCAACCCCGAGAUGGAGCGCAUGGGCGACGAGGUGCCGGUGCACGCGGCCGCCAUCAAGCCGCUAGCCGACGACUACGACGACGACGAUCUGGCCUGACCUGACCUGGCGGGAUGCAGCAGCAGCAGCAGCCAAGUGACAAGCAAAGUGGACACGUAACGAUUGGUAUUUAGAAGGAACGAGACAGGACGCAACAGCCUUGGGGACAGCCAUCGGCAAUAAUCAGACACGACUUGUGCUCGCGCCUUCUC